GCACACCCUUAUAGCCAUUGGUUGUUGUUUGUUUGCUUUGAACGGACGGCGGAACCGAGGAGAACCAAAACUCCUCUCACGUCUCCGAGUUUCACUCUGUCGCCCGACACAUAACACACUUACCUCAGCUCAGCAUCACUCAGCAUCACUCAGCAUGGAUGCAGAAGUUGAGGUUUUGCGUGAUCAAGACCACAGACUAAACUCUGCUCUCAGUCAGCAUCAGUACGGGCACCACAUUCAGUCCACAUCAUCUCAGGUUGAGGAGGAAAGAAGAACAGGGGCUCCUGCUCACUGGAUCUCAGACAGAAGUAUGAUGGCUCCUCUGAUCGCAGAGUAUGAUCAGCACAUGGAUGAAAUGAAUGAGCAGUUGCAGAGAUAUCAGGCGCAGAUGACGGAUGUCAAAGUGAAGUUGGAGAGGGUUGUCAAAGAGAACGAAAGGUUGCAUGCCGAGCUGAGGGAGUCUGUAGAGAAACAGCUGCAUGCUCUGCCCGUGGCUUCAGGAAUGGAGGGCAGCACACUGGAGGAGGAGCCAGUCAUCAGGAACCUCCAAGAACAGGUCCAGCUGUCUGAGCAGGAGCGGGUGCAGGCCAUGGAGCUGUGGCAGACGGCCGCCCAGGAGCUGGACCGGCUCCAGCAGGUCUACCAGAAAUCCAUGUUGGAUGGCCAGGUCCACGAUGCUCAGAGACAGCAGCUCAAGGAUCAGCUUGUUCAGUUCCAGCAGCACUCGAACAAACUCCAAGUCACCAAUCAGAAGCUGGAAUCGACCAACCAGCAGUUGCUGAAGACGGUGACAGAGCAGAGCGCAGAGAUGGAGGAGCAACACAGUCAGCUCAGACAAGCCAAGACUGAACUGAGGACAGCCACAGCCAAAGUGGAUGAGAUGACCAAAUUGCUGCAUAAUGUCCAGAACCAGAUACAGAGACGGGAGGAGGAUGUUGCAGAGGCUCAGAGCCGUGAGGAUGCGGCCGACAGACGGCUCCAACAGCUCCAGGCAGCUUUGAGCCAGCUAGAGGCCAGGCUAAAGGCAUCAUCUCAAGAGGCAGAGUCCUUUCGCAGAGAGCAAACUGUGAGGGAGAGGAAGUUGGGGGAACUGCAGGCACGUUGCAGCACCCUAGAAGAGGAGAAGUAUGAGGCCCUAGCCAAAGUUAGAGAGAAUGUUCAGGUGGCGGAGGAGGCUGCACUGCAAAAAGACCAGGCCUUGUUAAGAGAGAAACAGAGGAUGGAGGAGGUAGAUAAGAUGAAGGAGGCCAACAAACAGUUGAUCCAGCACGCUGCGGUCCGCACCAGAAAAGAGGUAGAAAAUGUGCGCAAGCAGUACAACGCUCAAAUCCACCGUAUGGCCGAGGAGCUGUCUGCACUGCAGCUGGAGUGUGCCGAUAAAGAGUCUCAGAUUGAAAGAUCCAUGCGAGAGAGAAAAGCUGCAGAGGAGGAACUGGAGAAGGUGUAUAAGGAGGGCAGGGCAGAGCCAGAGUUCAGGAAGAUUGAUGCUCUUCAUCAGAGGUGUCUGAAUGCAGAGAGGAUGAAGGAAGACAUGAGCUUGACUCUACAAAGCACCCAGAACAAAUUGAAAAAGAUGGACAUGGACUACAGUGAGGAGCUGUCCCGGUGCCAAGAGGAGGUGCGACGGCUGCAGGGCUCUCUGGCGGCAGCCCGGGAUGACUGCGUGAAUGUCAGUGAGGAGCGGCUCCAACUGCAACAGGAGAACUUGCAGCUCCGGAAGGAGAUGGAUGAGCUGCGGAAAGCCACCCUGCUGGUCCAAAAGAAGGCCAAACAACAGGUGUCACAGAUGGAGCACGAGUACAGCCUGAAGGAACAGGGGCUCGACGCUCAGGUGAGGGAGCUGGAGGAGACCAGCCGCAGCUCCACCAUCGAUCUGACACGCCUCCUCACAGCGCAGCAGAAAAGCACUCAGCGUUGGAAGGAAGAGGCCAAGAACCUGGUCCAGGCCUUCGAGACUAAAAUCACAGGCCUUAAGGGAGAGCUGAAUCGGCAGAAGCAGCGUUCACACGAUCUAGAGAUGCAGCUUGAAACCUAUCAUAACACCAUUACUGAGUAUGAGAGGCAGCUCGCAGAGAAUCAAGAGAAGUCGAGUCGUCUCCAGAGACGACUAACACAAACUGAACAAAGGGCAACUACUGCAACACAGCAGCUGAGUAUGCUGGCAUCGCAAAGAAGGAAAAUGGCCGUGGUUGAUCCAGAGAAUUUGUGAUGUUUACUUGUCACUGUUUUGUGGGAAAAUAAUGUAGCCAUGUUUAGAGCACUUUGUUCUUUCUUUUCAAAAUAUGAAAUCAAUGUACUGGCCAAAGGCACAAAACAGAAAUGCUGGUAUUUGUGCCCUGGUGGUAACAUGACACCAACAUGUCUCAAUGUUGUCAACCAAUGUUGUUCCAAUGGUUUUUAUAGAGCAUUAUUUGAAUAAUAUGUCUGAUAAGUAGUAUACAGGUGCAUCUUGAAAAAUUUUAAUAUUGUGGAAAUGAAGUGUUAUUUCAUGUAAAUGAAAAUGUUUUAAUUUAAUUUAAAUUUAAGUAUGGCCUACAGCGCAAAAAUUGUAUCUUAAAAUAUUCUUAUAUAUAAUUUAGAAUUUUAGCAAAUUACUCUUAAUACAGUGUAAAUACUGUAUGUCUCGAUCAGUACACACAGCCAUCGUCAUAAGGAAGACAGCUGACUUGACAGUUGUCUAUAAGAUGAUCAUCACGACAUCCUCCACAAAGAGGGUGAGCCACAGAUGACUGAAAGGGCUGACUGUUGGCAGAGUGCUGCAUCAAAGCAUUGGUGGAAAGUUGACUUGAAGGGAAAUGUGUGGUAGGAAAGGGUGCACAAGCAACAGGGAUGACCGCAGCCUUGAGUAGAUUGUCAAGCAAAGCUGAGUCAAGAUCAUGGGAGAGCUUCACAAGGAGUUGUCUGAGGCUGGAGCCAGAGCAUCAAGAGCCACUACACAGGAAAUGGUCCAAAACCCUCUUUUCGUUUGGAAGGUUCCAGAGACUGAAGGAAAAGUGGGGAGACACAGAAUCCAAGUUGCUUUAAGUCCCUUCAGUGUAUAGUUCUGCAGUCUGUGAUGAUUUGGGCUGCCAUGUCAUCUGCUGCUGUUGGUCCACUGUGUUUCAUCAAGUCCAGAGUCAUCAGCUGUCUACCAGGAGAUUUUAGAGCACUUCAUGCUUCAAUCUGUUUCAACAUUUCUUGACUUGAUACUGGAUUCAUUAGCUUUAAGCCAUAAUCAUAGAAAGUUGAACAAAAAGGCUUGAAAGAUAUAUUUAAUUAUUUAUUUGAUGUGCAAUGAAAAUUCACUUUUCCAUAAUAUUCAUUUUUUUUAGGUGCACCAAUACAAUUGAAGUUCUUACCUCAAACACUCCAGGUUGUAUCACUGAAUCAAAAUCAGGAUCUACUGCAAGUCUUUUAUAAUAAAAAUA